AUGAUGGGAGAGACCAGGGGUAAUGAUGAGAGAGACCAGGAGUCGGUGGACCAGGGGGCUACAGGUGGUGAUGUGUUUGACUGGAUUCUGGACCAGGGGAAUUACACAGAGAGAGAUGCUUCCAACGUGAUCAAACAGGUUCUAGAGGCUGUAUCCUAUCUACACUCACUCAACAUCGUACACAGGAACCUCAAGUUGGAGAACCUGAUGUACUACACAGAGAAUAAUCACAACAAAGUGGUUCUGCGAGAUUUCUACCUGUCCAAGUUUGAGAACGGUUCCAUCACAGAACCCUGUGGAACACCGGAGUACCUGGCUCCUGAGGUUGUGGCCAGACAUCGGUAUGGUCGACCAGUGGACUGUUGGGCAGUAGGGGUCAUCAUGUACAUACUUCUGUCGGGGAAUCCUCCGUUCUACGACGAGACAGAAGAAGAGAACACAGACCUUCACAACCGAAUCAUCUUCUGUCGUAUCAUAGCUGGGGAGUUUGAGUUUGACGCUCCUUACUGGGACGACAUCUCUGUUCCAGCUAAGGAGUUAGUGUGUAGGCUGAUGGAGGUGGACCAGAUGCUGAGAAUCACAGCUGCAGAUGCUCUCUUACACGAGUGGAUUGCUGGUAACGGGGCCUCGGAGAAGAACCUGAAGGAGGGAGUGUGUGCCCAGUUUGAGAAGAACUUUGCAAAGGCCAAAUGGAGGGAGCUGAAGAAAGCGAUCAGAGUCACCACCUUCAUGCAGCGUCUUCGUGCAUCUGAAGCUGCUGCAGCCGAGGCGGCAGCGGCAGGAGGCCAAUCAAAUGCCAGUUCCAAACCUCCAGGGGAGGAGCCAGAGAAGCCAGCCUUGAAGAAGACGUCAGGCAAAAUGGCUGCCGCAUUGGGCAAAACCAAAACAAACCCAGAGACCAAAACACUUCCUAUCCCCACCGUAACCCCUGACAUCACCAAGCCCCAGGAUUCCACCCCCAUCUCCGUCCCUGAACCCAAAAGAGCAGUAUCAUCGUUGCCUAACAACGCUGAAAAGAAGCAUCCGCCCUCUGACGCUCCCGAGACUCCAACCACCCAACGUCCCUGUUGCUGCCUCUACCACUCCUACAGUCCCUGUUGCUGCCUCUACCACUCAUACAGCUCCUGUUGCUGCCUCUACCACUCCUACAGCUCCUGUUGCUGCCUCUACCACUCCUACAGCUCCUGUUGCUGCCUCUACCACUCCUACAGCUCCUGUUGCUGCCUCUACCACUCCUACAGCCCUGUUGCUGCCUCUACCACUCAUACAGCUCCUGUUGCUGCCUCUACCACUCCUACAGCUCCUGUUGCUGCCUCUCCCACUCCUACAGUUCCUGUUACUACCACAGUGCCCCCCCCUGACAGGAGGCCGACAGUGCAGGCUCCAGUGGAGGAGAAGAAGCAGGAGAUGGAUGAUAGGAGCUGGUGUCAGACCCAGCUCCCUGAGGCUGUAGCUGAGAGGCCUGCUGGACUGGAGGUUGGGGUGGGUGUAGGGUCCAUGGGGGUAGGAACUGGGAUGGAGAUGGGAGGAGUAGGGACAUUUGGAGCAGGGGCAGGGGCAGGGAUAUUUGGAAUAGGGGUAGGUUCAGGAGUAGGACCUGGGAUAGGGCCAAGAGGUGACUCGAGCCCCAUUGGUAGAGACCAGAGGGCAGACAGGCACAGUGUAGAGUUCAGCAUGUCCAGGGGGGAACCCGAACCGUCCGAGGGGGGCUACAGUUAUACCAUAGGGGCCCUGGGAAGCUCCCCUAGUCUAGGCCGACACACCACUGCAUACAGCCAGGAGGUUGAGCUGGGGGGGUACGGGGGUUCCUACUGCUCCUCUCUGUACGGCAGUGGGGGUGGAGGAGGGAUGUAUGGGGGACUGGAGCACGGAGGUGUUGGGGUCAGAGGUCAUGGUAGUAGUACUGCUGAUUGGCAGAUGGACAGCGUGAUCGAACAGAUCGAGAAGCAAAUGGCGGCGGUGCUGGAGAAGAUCGAGGGGGACAUGCCCUCUCUCCUGGAACAGAUCAGUGACUGCCCCCGCCACCCGAACCCCCGCAACCCCAAGUAG